CUCCGUCGAGCUCGCCGGAGAAAACAAACUGCGUGGGUUACCUACUCGAGGCACCGCUACCACUUGAAGGACUCUCGGCAGUUGUCAUAUACGUCACCCACGAGGAUUGAAAGACUGCAGGGUGGUGAAUGUGAGCAGAAUGACGAAGACGCCUCCCCACAGACGCGGGAUCACUUUCGAGGUGGGAGCGCAGCUGGAGGCUCGCGACAGUCUGAAGAACUGGUAUGCAGCCACCAUAGAGAAGAUAGAUCUUGAGGAGGAGAAGGUGCUAAUUCACUACAGGCAAUGGAGCCAUCGCUAUGACGAAUGGUUCGAUUGGAGCAGCCCAUACCUGAGACCUGUGGAACGGAUCCAGUUAAGAAGACAAGGCCUUCGGGAGAACCGCUCGGGACCGGGUUUCCAAGUUAAUCAAAAAGUUUUGGCCAGCUGGUCAGAUUGUCGUUACUAUCCAGCCAAAGUUCUCUCAGUCAACAAAGAUGGUUCGUACACUGUCAAGUUUUUCGAUGGGGUGGUGAAGACUGUCAAAGGCAUCAAAGUAAAACCUUUUCAAAAGGAGAGAAAUUCCGGAAGGUCGGGGCAGCCGCCGGGGAGGAGGAGAGCGCCAAACGGCAAAGACUGGGGACCCAAACAGAACAGAAAUGGGCGGAUGAACGGAUCCCGGCACAGCACCUCUGACCAGGAUGGAGAGAGUGAGAUGGACGACGUGCAAGAGGAGAGCGUGGAGCGAAUGGAAGAAGACAGCAGGAAACUCUCAAACGGAACCCAGACAAAGGAAGAGGAGAAAAUAUCCAAUGGAGAUGAAGAGAUGGAGUUAGACGGUAAAGCAGACGGCCAGGAUGCCGAGGAGAAGAUGGCGGUGGUGAAUGGAGAUGCGCUCCAUGCGCCGUCGCCACAGGAGAAGAGCAAAGAGCAGAGGGGCGGCGAGGAGGAGGAGAAGGAGCGGAUGGUUGAGGAGCCCUCAGGAGAAAGCCCUGGGUCAGCCAGAAGGACUAGGAGAAGCCUGACUGAAGGGAGAGAGGGGGAGAGCAAGGCCAGCGGCCCUGAGCACGGGAAGAGGAGAGCGUCCCUCGGAGACACGCCACCUCCCAAGAGGAACCGGGGGAACGCAAGCACAGACCGAAGCAGUCGAGCCCAGAAACAAGCCAGGUCUGAUUCCGUCCCAGCAGCCUCGGAGACCAGCAAUAAAGAGCACAAUGGCCUGGUCUGCCCAUCAGAGACCCCAAAGCCUGAGGCGGGGGCUGGGGCACCUGCACCUGAUCUGGCCACUCUCGUCAGACAACAAAUCCACCUACCGGCCACAAAUAAAUAUAGCAGAGAACCAUUGUAUAGGGUCAUCAAAAAUCAGCCACCACCAAUCCUGUCCAUUGAGUUGGACCACAACCCCUUCAAGUGUAAGGUACCAGGCUGCCUGAAGUCCUUCCGCAAGGCCUCCCUGCUGCACUACCACAUGAAGUACUACCACUCUGAAUGUGAGCUCAGCCCUCCACGUAGCAUCCAGACGCGCGCAUCGGAGAAACAGGCUGCUGCCAUGGAGACGCCACGGCGACGCCGCACUGUCUCAUUACACUCCCCUCUGAGUGACAGCAAGUCGGGCCACGCGCCUGUAACCAACGGGGAACACCGACAGCGGUCCAACAGCGAGAAGAGCAAAGAAAACCAGCAUAUGAAUCGCAAGUCCACUGAUGACCCAGAUGAUGGUGUCAUGGAAAUAGGUGGAAAUGGAAAGGAGAGGAUGAGAGAGAAAAGACAGAAGGACUUUUUACGGAUCAAGCUGAAGAAAAGGAAGAAGAAGAAGAAGAAGAUGAUGAGGUCCAAGUCAGACUAUAGCAGCAGUGAGGAGAACAUUGGCUUAAAUGCUCCUCACUGCACUCUGAAUUUGGCCCUCAAAUUCCCCCUCUCCCACAAACACACCAACUCGGAACACCACACACAGCCGACACUUGAUGGUGAAGACAGCGCCAGCGAGUGGUCGACUGACAGCCCCACGUGGAGCGAGGACGAGCUGGAGGCGGAGCUUGACCUGACCACACCCCUGGCGGAGCAGGGCUUGGUGGUCGAGCCUCACGGAGCGGAGAUUGUGCGCUGUGUGUGCGAGGUUCAGGAGGAGAAUGACUUCAUGAUCCAGUGCGAGGAGUGUUUCUGCUGGCAGCAUGGGACGUGUAUGGGGCUCAUGGAGGACAGUGUGCCUGAUACAUACUCCUGCUACAUCUGCAGAGACCCCCCUGCACAGCGGCAGAGCCAGAGGUACUGGUACGACCGGGACUGGCUGACCGCAGGCCAGAUGUACGGCCUGUCCUUCCUGGACGAGAACUACUCGCACCAGAACGGCAAGAAGAUCACCGCCACACACCAGCUGCUAGGCGACGUGCAGCAAGUCUUUGAAGUCCUCAACGGCCUGCAGCUCAAGAUGAGCAUCCUCCAGAGCCAGGCCCAUCCUGACCUGAAGCUGUGGCGGCAGCCGUGGAGGCAGGCGGAGCACUCCAAGAGGAAGGGUUGCCUGUCGGAGCCCGUAUCGGCUGCCCCCUCGCCGCCCCCGACAUCCGCUGACCUCUUCGCCUGGUCCGCCGCGGACUCGGACAGCAACGGCCGGUGGGAGAGCUCGUCCUACCAGGACAAGUCGGGCCGCGUGGCCUCGUUCCAGGACUCGUACAUCAGCAGCGAGCACUGCUACCAGAAGCCCCGCACCUACUACCCGGCCGUGGAGCAGCGUCUGGUGGUGGAGACGCGCGGCGGCUCAGAGCUGGAGGACAGCCUGCGCAGCACCGAGGACCUGCUGGAGAUGGAGCAGAGGUACGCCGGCGGGGCGCUGGGCCGCGACUGGCCCAAGACCCAGCCCACCAUCAGCGUGAAGGGAGAAGACGACUGCAACGCCAAAGAACUGGAGUGGAGUAAGAAGGUGCAGAACGGAGAGGUGGAGAAGUGCGACGAGCCGGAGGUAAAGGUGGAGGACUCCGAGGACAACGCCGAGCCAGACCCUGACCUGGUGCUGCAGCAGCAGUGGCAGCUGAACCUGCUGGACCACAUCGAGGCCGUGCAGGACGAGGUCACCCACCGCAUGGACCUCAUCGAGAGGGAGCUGGAUGUGCUGGAGAGCUGGCUGGAUUACACAGGCGAGCUGGAGCCUCCUGACCCUCUGGCCCGCCUUCCUCAACUCAAGCACCGCAUCAAGGAGCUCCUGACCGACUUGGGCACCGUGCAGCAAAUUGCAGUCUGCUCCUCGUCCACAUGAUGGCGCCACACCUCACAGGGUGCUGAUGGCAUGCUCACUACAAAAAACAGAUCUGCACUCCGCAGCUAGGAAGCAGAUUAAAAAUAAUGUUGCUGUUGUUGAUGGUGAUGAUCAUGAUGAUGAAUAUCCACGUAAUGAAAGUCAACCAUCCACAGCCCUGCAAGAAAAUAGAAACAGACCCUUUGGCUUUCUCUUCCACAUGACAAGACUCAGGGGUGAUGACAGAGACAGAGGAACAUUGUAAUUUCAGCUUUUGCCCUCCUCCUCAAUGCAGGAGUUCUGGUGUCAAAAGCAAUGGCUUUUUUAUUGAAGAUCUGAAACGCAACAGAGGGCUGUAUAAUGAAAUGCAGAUAAAGUAGAGCACAACCGCCUUGUAGCGCUUAACCUUUUAUGUGUGUCGUUGUCCUCUUUACAGUCAUUGCUCAACAUUUCUAUAUUGUAAAAUAUCAUCUUUUGAAAGGUAUCUGUUUUGUUAUCCAAAUUCUGUGCCGCAAAUGGCUUUGGAAUGGAGAUGUAACUGACUCUGACAAAGACCUAAAGCAUAAUGUCAACUGAAAAAGAAUAUAUAUUUUUAAUCUGCAAGAAUUUGCAAUUUCCUUCUAUAUUUCUACUUAAUACGGUAUGUAAUAUAUCCCGAUGUUUUGUCACAUCAAGCGUACUUGCUCAAAGAAGCGGUUGAGUUGAUUGUCAUGUUGAUUUUGAAAUUAUGUUACUUUUUGUCAAAGAUAGUCAUGCAGAAUCUGCAUGUUAUAUUACUAGAAACUGUAAUUUUUAUUGAUUAUAUCUAACAAUGAUAAUGCGCUUAGCUGUCCUGACUUGCUUAUUCCAACUGAAACGGUCUACUUUCUAUGUGACUUUAAUUGAAAGAUGUCACUGUGUGAAAAAAUCUUUUAAUGUCAUAGGGAAUUGUAUAGUACUUUUAUAUGUUUUCAUUUUGUAGCAUUCAUUUGUACAUUUAAAAAAAAUGAAUCUUUUAUCGAUGUCAUAGCCUACUAGUGCAAAUUUGUCUUUAAUUUUCUUUUCCUGUGUCAAAGGCACCAGGUGCCAGAAUUUAAUUUAUUGUGGUUGAUUUUAAUUUAUUGACUCUAUGUUAAAUGUUAGGCUGAGAGAAGGUGUCUGCCCAGCACCCAGGGUAGGACUUUGAGAAUAACACUGCAUAUGGUGGGUGUCGUGUGUGUGUGGGCCAAGGCCCAUGACCAUAUGGCCCGUCCAUGUGCAGGGAAAUAGAGGGACACUCCCGGUUUUGAUAUUGCUCUUGUUUUGUUAUGUUUUUAUUUUUUAAUUAUUAUUAUUAUUCCAUGUCCAGUAUUUCCACCUUCAUUUUGUUUAGGGGUAAUCUCCUUGCACGUGUAACUGUCUGAUGUUUGUUUUCUUGUCCCUGUUUAUGCCUUCUUACCUCUGCAUGCAGAGUAUGGUGAUCUUGGGCCACUGUGUGUAUUUCUUCCUUUUUGUAGAUCAGCCAGUGCCCCCCUUGUAAUCAUCACAAUAAUUUUUUGUAUCACAUUUUGUCUCUUGACUGUCCAGAAAAAAUAUAGCAUUGUACUCAAGAGUAGACAAAAGUAUUAAAGCAAACUUCUAGUUUUAUCAUGACA